AUGAGUUCAGAGCUUCACGAGAGAGACCUUGAGUUGCUUUCACGUAGAGGUCUUCCUCGAGACAAGAACCGUUCUUACAUCGUUGAUAUAUCAGGAAGAGUUCUUGAUGGAGACUCUGGUGAAGAGCUUAAGAGUCUUGGCAAAUUAGCUCCAACGAUUGAGAAGGUCAAGCAUGGAUUUGGCAUGAGAGUUCCAAGGUCACUAGCUUCAUCAGCUUGA